AGAAAGUAGAAUAUAAGGGAGACACAUCAAUAAUCCAUCUCCUCUACUACUUUGCUUCACUUUCCAUCUAAGCCCCUCAUUUUGCUCUACUUUUUCUUUAACACUUGCCUACCUCUCUCUCUCUCUCUCUCUCUCUCUCUCUCUCUCCCCUCCUUCUUUGGCAUAUAUCAAGCAAAGCAAAAGUGAUCAAAUUAAGAAAAGAGGCCAAGAUCUGGUAGGGUGUGCCAUUGAGGUUUUUGGUCAUAUGGGCUCUUCAGGGAACCAAAAUCCUUGGGCACCAUAUGAUACUUACAAAGAUUGUUCUCAAGGAAUUUGCAGUAUCUACUGUCCACAAUGGUGCUACAUCCUUGGCCCUCCUCCUCCUCCUUUUUAUUUUGCAGAAGCUGAUGACAGCAAAGACUCUGCUACAGAUUUCUCUCCUCUCAUUAUAGCAGUCAUUGGCAUCUUUGCAAGUGCUUUCAUUUUAGUCACUUACUACACCAUCAUAUCGAAAUAUUGCCGGCGAAGAGACAACGAUGGCAGUCGAGACAUAGACAUGGAGAAUUCGAAUCCAAACCAAGUUAGUGAAUCAUGGCAAGGCUCAACAACUGGCCUUGAUGAGUCCCUGAUCAAGUCAAUCAAAGUUCACAAGUAUAAGAGAGGUGACAGCCUUGUAGAAGGCACAGACUGCUCUGUUUGCCUAAGUGAGUUUGAAGAAAAUGAGAGCCUGAGGUUAUUGCCAAAGUGCAGCCAUGCUUUCCAUGUUCCUUGCAUUGAUACUUGGCUCAAAUCUCACUCUAGUUGCCCGCUGUGCCGGUCGAAUAUUGCUGCUCCUGCCAUAUCUUUGGUGCCCCAUCAUCAUCAACAAGUGCUGUCUCCAGUUCAAGAGAAUCCACAGCAGGAUCAAAAUGUGACUGCUUCAGAAUACCAGCACAGAAGCCAUGCAAGUGUUUUGGUUGUCCAAGAUUUGGAAGAGGUUGUAAGUCUUGCAAAUGAUCAUGUUGUUCCAAAGACCGCAACUCAAGAUAUUGUUAGAGAAAGGGCUCACUUGGAGAAUACAGUGAACAGUUGUGAGAUUGGACAAGAUGGGAUCCAGCAAUUGAGGAGAUCAGCUUCUUUGAAUUGUGUUUCCAUUUCUGAUGUGUUGCAUUUACAUGACAGUGAAGAUGAUGAGGACUUGGAGAACCAGAUGGAAAAUGUCCAAUUUUCCAUGGGAAUUGGAUCCUCAAAUAGAGUAGCUGAGGAACAGAAUUCCAAAUCUGACAACCAUAGAAGUGGAGUUUUCAGCUUGGUGAAGAGAUCAACUUCAACAGGGAGAUUUGUGUUCACAAGGUAUGGAAAGGAAAAGAAUUCUAUAACUCCUAAUUAAAACCAUUUGUUUCCCCUUUCCAAACUUAAUCUGUAAAACCACAAUUUCUUCUUCUUUUGUCUUUGUACCAUAUUUUUAUACACAAAAAGAGAGACCCUGCAAACAAAUAUGAGAUUAAUUGACUUUCAAAUCCUAUAUGGUUAUGUACAUAAGCGCUUGGUCUAGUGCUAUUUAGUCUCUAAUUUGUUUGUUUGAGGAGGUCUUGAGUUCAAAUCUCAUGAACCGACGUGGUUGAAUAAAAUUAUUCAUCAA